AUGAUGCCGACCGACGGCUCGUCUAAAUUGUGGGCGUGGCUUGAAAUGCAGAAAUGGAAUAGAAUGGAAGAGAAUGGCCUAUCUCGACGACUUGACGAGAGAGGAAUGAGAAACAAUCUAAGAGGAUUCCAAACAAAUGGAUCCAUUUUUAGACGGAAAUCAAUCCAAAAUACUCUUGACGUCAUUACGAUCUUGGCAUUAUUUUUUCUCAAAGAACUAGAGAACAAAGAAGCCGAACAGUUCAGAAGUUUCAUUCUGCCGAAGACACCUGCCGACGUCACCUUCAACGACACCAUUGCUACGUUGAAGAAACUUUUCAACCAGACAAAGUCGCUGGCGAGACUCCGUUAUGAACUUUUCUCGGUAAAAUUCGACGGGGUCGACCGCAACGAUUACACAGCCCUUGUCAAACGCCGGUUUGCCUCCGCUCAAUGGAAUCAGCUUUUGCCGGACCAAGCUGAAUGCCUGCUAUGGAUCAUCGGACUCCAUGCAUCAGAACACCUGGAUUUGCGAAUUUGGGCACUUCGCGAACUCGAACUGAAUCCGGAAUUGAAACUAACGGAGCUCACGGACCGAUUGGAUGGGAUUGCAAGCUGCCACACGAAACAAUCUGCCACAGCGGUCACAAGACGGGACAUCUCUCAAAAGUAUGUCGCCAAGGACAACCACGCUACUAAUUGGCCAAAUUCCGAUGCUUGUACAAAAGAAAACGAAGUGUGCGUGAAUUCAGUUGGAUCAUUCCGUUGCGACUGUGCUGCAGAUCACAAACGCGACGAUAAAAACAAUUGUGUGCUCGAUAUUGAAGCACCUCCAUAUCGAUCAAUAGUGCCUCCCGAUCAGCUUCUACGCUUCAUUUCAAUGUCAUCUCUCGUUUUCAUCAUCACUUUCGUCGUCUGGUACCGAUCUCCAUUGCUCUACGUUCUUACGGCAAUCGCUGUCGUCGCACUAAUUUUAGUCGAUCUUUAUAUUAAUCCACAAUCGGUUCCCGAUGAAGCGAAACGGUUCCUCGGAUACUAA